UCUCGAGGGUCUCGAGCUCGAGUAUCUCGAAUUCUCGAGGCGGCGGCGAUUACCACUUCGAGAGGACCUGCUCGAUGGUGUGAGCCGGUAGGUGAAUCCGACUUGGGUCGGUGUGCGUCGCGGCGUGCGCCGGGGGGUGGUCCGGCGUACGAACUCCGAAAUUGCAAUCCAUCCGACUAGUGUCGACCGCUGCCGACUCUCUCCAUCGAGUUCUGGGGUGUACGGGCGGGAAUCAGUGGGAACGGAAAGCGUGUCGUAGGGCAGAGGGUUUCUAGAUUUCCCGGACGAGACCCUGAGCCUGAGCCCGCCAAGAGCGGGCCGCCGUGGGACAAGCCGCGACGCAAGCAGAGACGACGCCAGAGACGGCGAACCCCACGGGAACGCACGCGGCGGCGGCGGCGGCCUCGAAAAAUGGCGAAGGCCUUUCGUGCGGUGACAGUAUCGACUUUGUCAAACAAUGGACAGUCAACGCCGAAGUACGAUAGGCCGGUCACGCUCAAUAUCAAUUACGACCCCCAAGGCCUCAGUGUCGAGCUUCUAUCAGGGGAUUCGUUUGGCAAGGAGAAAAGUACACUAUUGGAAUUUCCGGUGACACAUACCACAGAAUGUUCCAGGGUAGCAUCCCGAAGUUAUGUUUUUACCCUUGAAAUGGAAAGCUUGCUACUUACUUUUGUUAAUGAAUCAGACUUCAGACAAUUUCAUUCCCAAAUCCUUAAACUCAAGAAUGGAAAGGGAGUUUCUGCAUUUAACGAAAGGACGGAGGAAUCCUCUGCAAUGCAAUAUUUUCAAUUCUAUGGUUACCUGUCGCAGCAGCAAAACAUGAUGCAAGACUACAUAAGGACAAGUACAUACCAACGUGCGAUAUUAGGAAACUUGUCAGAUUUUAAAGACAAAGUAGUAUUAGAUGUGGGUGCUGGUUCUGGUAUUUUAUCAUUCUUUGCCGUACAAGCUGGAGCAAAGAAAGUGUAUGCUGUUGAGGCGAGUAAUAUGGCAAACCAUGCAGAGUUGUUGGUUGCUGCAAAUAACUUGUCAGACAAGAUUAUUGUAAUAGCUGGAAAAAUAGAAGAAAUAGAUCUACCGGAGCGUAUAGACUGCAUAGUGAGUGAACCAAUGGGAUAUAUGUUAUAUAAUGAAAGAAUGCUCGAGACAUACCUUCAUGCCAAGAAGUGGCUGGUUUCAGGAGGAAGGAUGUUUCCUUCGAGGGGUGAUCUCCAUAUAGCUCCAUUCUCAGACGAAAAUCUUUACAUGGAGCAAUUUAACAAAGCCAAUUUUUGGUAUCAAACCUGUUUUCAUGGUGUAGAUCUUUCUGCAAUGAGAAAUAAUGCUAUUAAGGAGUACUUUAGACAACCAAUAGUAGACACGUUCGAUAUACGCAUUUGUAUGGCUAAGUCCGUUAGACAUAUAGUUGACUUCCAGACAGCUGACGAGACUGAUUUACACAAAAUAGAAAUAGAUGUUGAUUUUCACAUAUUAGAGAGUGGGACCUGUCAUGGUCUCGCUUUUUGGUUCGAUGUAGCAUUUAUUGGUUCGACUCAACAAGUUUGGCUAAGCACUGCUCCUACUGAACCACUCACACACUGGUAUCAAGUGCGGUGCCUUUUGGAAAAUCCACUUUUCUGCAAAAGUGGGCAGCUACUUUCUGGAAAAGUUAUCUUGGUUGCAAAUAAAAGGCAAUCAUACGACGUCACAAUAGACUUAAAACUUGAAGGAAUAAACAUGGAAAGUAGCAGCAAUACGUUGGAUUUGAAGAAUCCAUACUUCAGGUACACAGGCGCCGCAGCUCAGCCUCCACCUGGUUUAAACAAUACAUCUCCGAGUGAAUCUUACUGGACGACUUUGGAUGCCCAAGGUGCGCGACAAGCUGUGAACAUGGUCAAUGGAAUGUCUGUCAACGGUUUGGGAGAAGUGUCCAUGGAUACGAGUGCGGCAGUAAAUCCCAGUAAUUUGCUAGCAUUAGGAGGUCAGCCCAAUAUUCACCCUGGCUCGAUUUCGAGUACAGGACGAGGGCGAGUCGGAGGCACCGCCACGAGUACACAAGCGGCUCAACUCAUUGGAGGAGGAAUAACUCCGAAUAUGUUCACUUCUCCGGCCACACUUGGUGUUACUUUCCAGCAAUCGCUGGUCCUCGGAAACACUUCGCAUUAUCCAGUGAAUCCAAGUUUGAUGAUCGGUGACUACGUGACACCCGGGAACGGCAUAUCUCCUCAGACGUAUCGACAAUGAUCCGUGGCGAAACCCUUCCGUGCAACAUAUUGCCGCAAGGCAAAGCAGCUGCAGACCAGUCGCCGACAUUACGGUUUCGCCGAUUUCACUAACAAUAAGCAGAGUCGCAGGCUUGUCUUCAGUUCACCGGCCAGCAAGCUUCGCCUCUCCUCGGCGGUAAGGAUACUGCACAUGACCAAUUUGGAUUCUGAGGAGGACUCUGUGUCGUGCACCUCUUCGUCCUCUACCAGGAUCAUCAUGCCCUGGGAAACGCGUCUUGGGAUCUUCAGGGCCGUUCUUUCGUAGCCCUGGAGUAUAAUUUCAACCGGCGAGACUCUCCUUGAGAACUUUGGGAAUCCUCGAGUCGAAGAAUACGCAUGCCAAUCGCAUUCCCAGUAAUAGAUUCUGAUCGUUUCUUCGACAAUAUCGCUCGCUUUUAACUUGCCGGAUGUUUUGAUUUUUCAAUUUUGAUGACCUCUAACACCGACGUUUAUUCUUUUUAACAAAGUUCGUACAGGCCAGAAAUUCAAUGUUUUGAGUUGUCCACCAAGCAAUUUUUAGUUUCUAAAGACCUAUUCACAGGCGAACGAUGAGCAUUUCAUUGAGUGUACGAAAGCGUAUUCUAGACGAGCAAGAGGACAAUUCGUUUUGCUUACUAUUCUGUACAUCUCGAAAGCGUAUACGUUUUGCUUACUAUUCUGUACAUCUCUAAAGCGUAUACGUUUUGCCUACGAAGUAUGGUUUGAAACCAAUUUCAAGUGUGAGAGAAAAAUUUGAAUUUGGUCCAUUUCUAUGCUCACAAUAUUUUUGGGAUUAUAUGAUAUCUGGACUGUGUUACCUUCGCGGUUUUACUGAUGACAAAUAUCUUAUGUGACAAAAUAAUUCAAUGCAUGCAACGCUGAUAAAGGUUAACUCAAAAGAGACUGGAAAUGUAUCAUUAUGUGAUUAAGAAUAAGAAUAGGA